GUAAUAAAACAUUACCUGUGACAGCCGCAUUGAUUUUCACGCAUUUUCAUCGGUCUCGGAAAAGUUCUUCCUUCCAUUUCUGCUGCUUUUACCCAGGAAAAUCUCACAAAAAUGACGACAUACACUGCAUUGCGAGCCCUUCUGACACCUCUCUUCCGGGAUGCCGCCCGGAAGGGCUGGAUUGCGGGAUCAACACAGCGCUUCUCCGGACUGAUCUCCUGCCAGACAAGAGGCUACGCCGAGAAGAAGGUGUUCCAGCGAGUGAAGCCCCACUGCAAUGUGGGCACAAUUGGGCACGUGGAUCACGGAAAAACCACCCUCACAGCGGCGAUCACGCGCGUUCUGGCCGACCGGGAUCUGGCGGAGUCCAGGAAAUACACGGACAUUGACAAUGCCCCCGAGGAGAAGGCGCGCGGCAUCACGAUAAAUGUGGCGCAUAUCGAAUACCAGACCGAAAACAGACACUACGGACACACUGAUUGCCCUGGACACGCGGAUUACAUCAAGAAUAUGAUCACCGGCACGGCGCAGAUGGACGGCGCGAUUCUCGUGGUGGCGGCCACGGACGGAGUCAUGCCGCAGACGCGUGAGCAUCUGCUGCUGGCCAAGCAGAUCGGCAUAAACUACAUCGUGGUGUUCAUCAACAAGGUGGACGCGGCUGACGAGGAGAUGGUGGAGCUGGUGGAGAUGGAGAUCCGCGAGCUGAUGUCAGAGAUGGGCUUCGACGGCGACAACGUGCCCGUGGUGAAGGGCAGCGCCCUGGCGGCGCUCGAGGGCCGCGAUGACAAGAUCGGUGCCGAAGCUGUGAUGCAGCUGCUCGGGGAAGUCGAUAAAUACGUCCCAACGCCAGAGCGAGACCUCGACAAGCCCUUCCUGCUGCCCGUGGAGAGCGUGUACAGCAUCCCAGGACGCGGAACUGUGGUCACGGGUCGGCUGGAGCGCGGCAUCGUGAAGAAGGGCGCGGAGUGCGAGUUCGUGGGCUACAACAAGUCGUUCAAGAGCACAGUGACGGGCGUGGAGAUGUUCCAUCAGAUCCUGGAGGAGGCGCACGCCGGCGACCAGCUGGGCGCCCUGGUGCGCGGCAUAAAGCGUGACGAGAUCAAGCGCGGCAUGGUGAUGGCGAAGCCGGGCACGGUCAAGGGCUACGACCACUUCGAGAGCCAGGUGUACAUUCUGAACAAGGAGGAGGGCGGCCGCCAGAAGCCCUUCACCAACUUCAUCCAGCUGCAGAUGUUCUCCCGCACGUGGGACUGCGCCGCCCAGGUGUCGCUCGUCGACAAGGACAUGGUGAUGCCCGGCGAGGACGCCAAGCUGAUUAUGCGCCUCCUCAGGCCGAUGGUGCUGGAGCAGGGACAGAGAUUCACGCUGCGCGACGGCUCGCUCACGCUCGGCACGGGCGUCGUGACCAAAGUCCUGCAAACGCUCAACGCCGACGAGCGUAUAGCGCUGACGGAGGGCAAGAAGGCGCGCCAGAAGCGCGAACAGGCAGUGGAGAAGAAGUAGAGAAGCGUCGCGCGAGAUGCGCUUAGAAAGUAGGCAUUUUGUCAAAUAUUUCACGGAAAUGUAUUUGUUAAGAUGAAAUAAAAGAGCCAAUAAAGAAUACAA